CACUGAGCAGUGUGAGGCAACUGGGCUGCUGCAUUCAACCCUCUCCUCAUUUAUUCUAUUUCCAUCGUCCCAACCCAAAACCCCUCUUAACCCUUCAUUCACCCCUGAAAGCCCAAACCAUGUAUCUCCCCCGCCACAUAUUCACCAGAGUCUCUCUGCAUCGCCGCCUCUUCUCCCAUUCCGCCUCCGCCGCCAUCCUCCACCCUCCCGAGGCUGAGCCGUUAACGUACCUGGAAGGGUUUCCUCGUCCCAAUCCCAAGUACGACGAGACGAUCCUCGCUAUUCCUCGCAUUGACUCGGGGAAGAACAUCUCGGAGAAGGAGCGUAGGGCAGGGCGCGUGCCGAGCAUCGUUUUCGAGCAAGAGGACGGACAACACGGCGGCAACAAGCGUCUCAUCUCCGUUCGCUCCGAUCAGAUCAGAAAACUAGUGAACCACCUUGGUCGCUCCUUCUUCCUCUCUCGCCUCUUCCAUCUCGAGGUUCGCUCCCAAUUUGACAUCGACGACGUCGUCGAGAGUGUUCGCGUUUUGCCUCGCAAGAUUCAUUUGAAAGCUGGUUCAGACGCACCGUUAAAUGUCACCUUCAUAAGGGCUCCAUCACAUGCUUUGUUGAAAGUUGACGUUCCUCUUGUAUACAGAGGAGAAGAUGUUUCGCCUGGACUCAAGAAAGGUGCUUCUUUGAAUACCAUCAAAAGGACUGUGAAGUACCUAUGCCCUGCAGACAUUAUUCCCCCAUAUAUUGAUGUGGAUUUAAGUGAGUUAGAUGUAGGGCAGAAGGUGGUGAUGGGAGAUCUCAAAGUUCACCCUGCAUUAAAACUUCUUCAGUCAAAAGAUGAAGCUGUUUGUAAAAUUAUGGGUCAAAGGGUUUCUGAACUACAAAAGAAAUCUAAGUAACUGCUUUUUGUAUCUUUGGAGGUUGUUACUACUGCACUGAAUCAUUUUAUAGCUAACAUAUAUCAUUCAUGGUCAUUUUAUUAGUUAAUUCUUGGCAGCCGUGA